AUGCUUGGCCUGCAAUGUAUACGUCACAAUUUCCGGGGUUAUAACGAAUCCCAGUUGCGGACACUGGAGUGGAGAUAUCUAAUAGUCUGCUACGGACUUCCACUUGUUCCUGCAAUCGUACUCUUGUUUAUUGAGAAUGGAGUUAAAGGGAGAGUAUAUGGCCCGGCUAUUUUAUGGUGCUGGAUUCGCCCAUCCUGGGCAUAUCUCCGUUUCGUGCUUGUUUACGGGCCUGCGUGGUUUAUGAUUCUGCUAUCUCUGACCAUAUAUACUCUAACAGGAAAGAAGAUUUUUCUGAUACGACAGGAUCUGAGGAAGGUCCAGCAAAGUCAGGUAUUAGAAUCAACUAGAUCAGCUAGGUCCAGACAAUUGGCGCAUACGCCCUCAAAUAAUACGAACAAAGCUGCCUGGGCAUACUCCAAAUAUGCUGUCUUAUAUUUUGUCAGUGCACUUAUCACAUGGGUCACUGCAACGGUCAACAGGCUGUACGCCAUUAUCAAACCCUCCGCACCAAAUUUUGGGCUGAACUUUGUUGAAGCACUCCUACUUCCGUUGCAGGGGUUCUGGACCUGUAUGAUCUUUAUUGCAGUUUCCUUCAGUGCUGUCAAAAUAAUUCUAAAGAAGAGAGUGCGAAUUUUCUCGAAACAUGUGGAUGUAUGUGAAACUUGA